UAGCACGCUAGUGAGGCGUUGAAGUAUUUGGGUUCCUGCUACUCAGAUUUAUGGAUUAUUUCGCUAGUUAACUGUUCAUGUUUGCUGCUAACUAGCAUUUAGGUCGCCUGCAGUCUGAAUGGAUAAAGUAUGUUUGAGUAUUGACUAACAGUCUGAAAAGCGAACGAGUUACAGAGUAGUGUGCUUCCAGUUUUGUGUGUCUGGCUUUUCCAAUGAAUUCUGCGGAUGCCAUUGAGAGGCAUAGAAGCACACACCCUGCAGAGGCUCAAUGAGUAAUGAACCCUUUUUGGAGCAUGUCUACAAACGCCGGUCGUAAGAGAUCUGACAGUGAGGAGCAGGGUGGUCCAGGUGAGCAGAAAGCCAGCCCAGUUCGACCUCCCUUUGGGAAGAAGCAGCUGCCCUCCAUCCCUAAAAAUGCAGUGCCCAUCACUAAACCAUCAUCACCAGCUUCUGCCGCUCAAGCCACCAACGGCACACACGCCUCCUAUGGACCCUUUUACCUGGAGUAUUCCCUGCUUGCUGAGUUUACACUGGUGAUAAAGCAGAAACUCCCGGGCAUCUACGUUCAGCCCUCCUACAGAUCAGCCUUGAUGUGGUUUGGUGUGAUUUUCAUUCGCCAUGGCUUGUAUCAGGACGGCGUUUUUAAAUUCACCGUGUACAUUCCUGAUAACUACCCAGAUGGAGAAUGUCCUAGAGUGGUGUUUGAUAUCCCGGUCUUUCACCCGCUGGUGGACCCUGUUUCUGGAGAGCUAGAUGUGAGGAGAGUAUUCACCAAGUGGAGACGGAACCAUAACCACAUCUGGCAGGUGCUGAUGUAUGCACGUACGGUCUUCUACAAGAUUAAUACCAUGGAACCACUCAACCCAGAGGCUGCUGUACUAUAUGACAAGGACAUUCAGCUCUUCAAAAGUAAGGUGGUUGACAGUGUGAAACUAUGCAACAGCCACCUUUUUGACCAACCCAAGAUAGAUGAUCCUUAUGCAAUAAGCUUCUCUCCAUGGAACCCAGCUGUGCAUGAAGAGGCGAAAGAGAAGAUGUUCACACACAAAAGACGGCCUGAGGAUCUCCCAAAAGGGCUGCAGGUGUCGGGACUGUCUUGGGUGAAACCUGGAUCCACACAGCCAUUCAGCAAAGAGGAGUACCCCCUGCAGACUUGAGCCUGUAGUACCAGUCGCUGGCCACUGUAGGCGUUGCUGAGCUAUAUUCACGCCACUCGCACUUCGUGGCUUGCCCCCUCAUCUCUAAGACUCGAAGCAGUUCCAUGGACUUCUCAUUUUGCAAAACCCACUUGCUCAGCUUUAAACAAAUUUAUUCUAGACCUCUGCUGAAACAGCUUUACAUCUUGAAAACAAGCUUGUGCUUCUCUGGUAUAGACCCGAGUGGAUGUCGUAGUCAUCAUGCCAAGGCAGAAAUGCAAUCAAAUUGCAUAGAGUUUGUUUUCUUUAGACAACAUUGUGACUUGCACAUAUACUUUUUGCUUUUUCUUUUAUAUUUUCUUAAGGCGCAACAGACCACCUCACAAUAUUGUGGAAGGGUUUUUGGUUUUUUUGUAGAAACAAUGGUUCUUUGCAGUAAAAUUCAUAAAGAAUGUUCAGGUGGCUUUAGAUUGAGCAGCAUUGUGGCUUAUAACUGGGCAGUUUUAAUUGCUAGGUUUGUAAAGAUCCAACCUUUUUCUUUCACCAGUGAGAGGUUUAGACAUCACAGUAAUUCUUUGAUCUCUUAAUACAGUGUCUGUUCUAAGGCUGGAAUAGUUAGUCCCCCAGAUAGUUCUAUUCAAAACAGCCUAGAAAACUAUCAAUAGAACUUCUAAUAAAGAUAUCUGACCUAAUGGUAAGACCACACUAGGUCAGGUGCUUGUCAUAAAUUGCUAUAAAUUGGUGGAACAUGAAGCUUGGAUCCAAACUUGGGUUUCCUCAUGAUUUUUGGGGUUAAAACUGGGCCUUUAAUUUUCACAAUGGUUUUUGUAAACAUGCACAUUCUUGCAUACGGUUGUUAUUUUCAUUCUGAUCCAGACUUUUUUUGAACUGAGAAACUAGUUAACACUACAUUUAUUUUUGAGUGCUUUGGGGUUUCUUAUUUUUAUUAUUUUUUCUUUUUAUUUCUCCUACUUUUGUGUAAUAAAGCAUUCUGUGUAUUAAAUAGUUUUAAUAUAUAUUACAGAUUAAGGGGAAUACCAUUUUUAAUGAAGACAAUAAGUUAUACAUAAUUUGUCUUUUCAGAAUUUGUUUGGAAUGUCUUAACGAAUGGCUGAAGGUAUUUCAUAUGUAAAUAGUGAAGCUUUUUGUGGAAAUGGAAAGCCUCUCCAUCAGAGGUCAACUAAAAACCACUGGUUUAUUUAUAUAUGAAUAUAAAAUGGUGAAAGCUUUGUUUAAGAUUCCCCCCCAGAAUUUCGGAAGAUGGUGUGUGAUACAUUUUGUUCACUUCCUCUCUCACCUUCUCUUCUCCUGUGUUCCCCUUCUCACUGACAUGAAGCUUGGACUGUGUGAACAGUGAGGUUUUAAAAUGCUGUUAUCUUAAAGCCAAUAAAUUUGAAAUUACAGUUUCAUAGGUUUUGGGGUGUAAAAUCGCACCAUGUACACAUUAUGGACAAAACUUGCGAUCCCUUCAAAUAUAUAAAAAUUUGAUAAUAUAAACAGUAGCUUUCAUUUUGCUCCACGUUUGUCAGUUCUUGGCUAGAAUUUCCUGAUAGCUUGUCUUUGAACCCCUGAUAACUGAAUGUACAUCAUUUUGUUUUUUCUAUUUGUCCUGCAGUCAUCAGAAUAAUCUUUAAGAAUGAUGCCUUUUUGGAUGAGUGUGAAGGGGUGAAGCCUCAACUUUUUGAAGUUUAUGGUUAUGAAUUUGUUAGUGUGGAAACUGCGAUUAAAUACACUUGAAUCAAA